AUGCCGUCAACUCAUUCAGCCUCGACCAUCUACUUUGCGGUCUACAUAUCGCUCUACAUCGCAUCAUCCACCCGCACCUUGACGGUUCCUCUCACUCUUUUUAUUACCAUUCUACUCAUCGCGGCAUUGUCUGUCGUCUGGUCCCGUGUCGAGCUAGGACAUCACACUCGCGGACAGGUGAUCGCUGGGACGAUGGUCGGGUGCUUGUGUGCAAGACUGUGGCAUUCGCUCUGGUGGGAGUAUGCAUUGCCAUUGUCGGUUGACUUGGGUUUGAACAAGAGGCUAGGCGUGCACGAAAUUGGAAUCGUCGUUGGAUACGUGUGGGAUGUGUUUAGAGAGCAUGUAACGGCUGAGAAACAAAAUAAAGAUAUCACUUCAGAGGGUGGAGCUAAUGAAGCGUCCAUUCAAUAUAAACAUCUCAAAGAGCAUGAAGUUAAAAAUCAGCUCCCCAAGGAGCGACGACAAAAAUCAAUGGAUGGGCAUUCAUUCAACGAAUGA